CGACUUGGAAAUCAGUGACAUAAAGUGGAUCAGAGCCCCUUCGUGGCCAGUACAACAUACAUUGUAGAAGUUUCACUUUUUUAACCAACAAUGAAGAUUCGAUGUGAUAAAUUGUCUGGGAGCCACCUUUCAACUGUCACUUACAGGUCACGCUGUUCUGUGCAAUUUCCUUAUAUUUUGCAGCUUUCACAGAUUUCAACGGAAGUCGUCCCCAUCCUGGUCGAAAACCAGACAAUACAACCAAUAGGAACACGAGUUUUCAGUGUAAGGAGCCGCCUUGACGUGACGGACGUCGCCUUGAGCCAAUCAGAAGCCUUGACGUCGCGCCUCUAAACCGGAGACGGAUUUCCGAACCAAGUGUAGCGAAAUCGCCUGUACUUUGUUUACGUCCCGUUGGGUUAGCUGACAGCUGGUGUAACGCUGUACCGACGCGCAGAGCCGGGUCUGUGUGCCUCUGCUGGUUGCCUGGAGCUUUGCAGACGGGUUGUUUUGUUGAAUGAGGGGGACCCGCUCGGUGCCGACAGGAGGAUGAACUCCAUCACCGGUCGGGUUCUUGCCAUCCCCGCCGCCUCUGUCACCAACUCUGGAGCUUCAUCCUCACGAGCACUACACGUAGAGCUCACGUCCCAGCAGAGAAGAUUGCGUCAUCUCCGGAGCAUCGCGGCCAGAAACAUUGUCAACAAGAAUGGUUCCCCACUGCUGGACACUUACUUCACCCUCCACCUCUGUAUAGGGGACCGCAUAUCUAGAGAUUUUUACAAGAGUGAAGUCAUACGGGACUCGCUGAAUCCAACCUGGCGGAGCCUGGACUUCGGCAUGCUGCCGGACCUCCUGGACACCUCAGUGUCUUGCUUCGUGGUGAGGAUCUGGGGAGGACAGGAGGAACGGUACCAGCUCCUCAUCGAAUGGAAGGUCAACCUGGAUGGCCUCAGAUACACUGGACAGCAGAUUCGAUCCCGGAAUCCCAACGAGAUAAUAUUCGGGCUGAACGACGGCUACUAUGUGGCUGACUUUGAUCAUAAGGACCCGUUGCAGCGGAAGAAAAACAGUCUGCUUCAGGUCGACCAGAGUUCAGUCAGGAACUCCUACAGUGUUUUCUCUCUGCUCAGGCUUCACACCGCCCAGAGAGCCAUCAAGCAGACCCAAGUGACGGUGCAGAAGAUCGGGAAGGAGAUCGAGGAAAAGCUGAGGACGACGACGACAUGCACGGAGCGGAAGAAGGAGCGAGAGUGCAUGCAGCUGCGCAUUGCCGUGCUGCGGAGUGAACUGCAGCGGCAGAGGAAGGCCCUGGGCCGGGAGAUCGACCUGCGGCAGAAGGAGAGAGCGCAGCUUCAGAAGAAAGAGGAAGGGUUCUCCGCUGAGCAGGAGGGUCUGAAGGAGGAGAAAGAAUCCUUAACCAAGCUGCAGAAGGAAUGCACUGCCAAGAGAGAGCAGUUCCUCAAGUCCAACGCCCAGCUCACGUUCCGCUGCCGUCAGCUCCUCUCUGAGCUCUCCUACAUCUACCCCAUCGACGUGGCCAAUCAGUCGGAUUAUGUCAUCUGCGGAGUGAAGCUGCCCAACUCCGAAGACUUUCAAGCAAAGGAUGAUGGGAGCCUGGCGGUCGCCCUGGGUUACACGUCGCACCUGGUCCUGAUGAUCUCGUGCUUCCUGCAGAUCCCUCUUCGGUAUCCGGUGAUCCACAAGGGUUCCCGCUCCUCCAUCAAGGACACCAUCACUGACCGACUCACGGAGAAGGAGAGAGAAUUCCAUUUGUACCCCAGAGGAGAGCGCUUUCAUUUUGAAUACGGUGUCUACUUGCUCAACAAGAACAUCGCCCAGCUGAGAUAUCAACACGGCUUGACCACCCCGGACCUGCAGCAGACACUACCCAACCUGAAGAACUUUCUGGAGCACGGCCUGCUGGUCCGAUGUGACAGACACCAUGUCUCCAGCUCCAUCCCAGUGCCGACCAAGUCUCAGCUCGCCGUGUCCGCUGCCUCAGAGAUAGGCCAGCCCUGCCACACCAGCUCCCCGGACCGAGGCCUGAGGAAAAGGGCGAGCUCGGAGGCCGACCAGUACAAGCCGACUCCUCCACCCAGCUACAACACAGCCAUGGGGGAGGAGCAGCCCCCGGUGGGCCUCGCCCCACCCUCGCCUUCACCCAAACACCUGUCCUCCUCCCUCAAUGCCGGCAUGGCCUCCCUUAACCUGGCCAAGACUACGGAGUCCAGUGAGGAGGGAGGGCAGAAGGAAGAGAAGGGGGAGGGCGUGGAGGCGGAACGCCGCGGAAGCCUCUACACCUCAGAAGAUAAAGGAGAAGAGACGGAGGAGCUCCCGCCCAGCAGCACCGUCGCGCCCGACUCUUCUACAGUGCCGGAGACCGGUGAGGAAAUGGUGGCAACUAGCGAGCACACGGGCGCCAUGAACGGCUCUUUGGUACCGGGGACGGCGCCAGUCGGCCCGGCGCCGGAGCUGCGCUGCUCUGUGGAGCAAGCCGAGGAGAUCAUGGGCACGGAGGCCACCGGUUUAGGCCUGGGGAUGGGGGUGGGGUUGGGUUUAGAGAUAGCAGACGAGUCCCAGACGGAAGACUACCGCUGCAUCCCCGUGGACCACGCGGUCGCCGUGGAGUGUGACGAGCAGGUGCUGGGAGAGCUGGACGCCGCCGGCUUUGAGGAGUUCUCGAGGCGCAUCUAUGCGCUGAACGAGAACAUGUCCAGCUUCCGCACGCCGCGCAAGAACUCUGAGAAGUGAGGACCUGAAUAAAGAGGGAGGCGUGGCCAGAACCUCCACAGGGGCUUUGGACAAACUCGAGGGACACGAGGACGGCUGCUUUCCGCAGCAUCAAGAAUCAUAUGAGCUAUUCUGGAAUAACGACCAAUUUGCACUUAAUGUAAACAUUUCCAUCGUAAUCUUUCAAAUUCAAUACAGUUAAGAGUGCAGGUAUUGGGACAGCCAGCUUUCCUUUUUAUUGUUUGAUGGCAGCAUUAAUAUAUUUUUUAACAAUGGAUGGGAUCAUUAUUCAGAGUUAUUGUAGCUGGUUCCAUACCUGGGGAACAUAUGUGAACCACUCCCACUUUGUUUUCCAGCUUACUGCAAUCACAGGAUUCACAUCCACACUCAGUGCAGCCUUUCAGUUUCAAUGCGGCAGCUUAUUGAUUAUUUUUAGAGACAAUUGGUCAGUUAUCAAACCCACUUGGAGAAUGGUCGCAAGCAGCAGUUUUAUCAAAGCGAUCGAGUCUGCUGUCCCAGCACUUCCACCUUUAGCCGCCCAGUUAGAGGAACGUGUUAGGACGCUCCCUGAGCCUUCCUCCAGGGUGCGGGGCGGUGGGGGGGGGGCGUGUUGUGUACCCGUGUGUCGGGGCUUCACAUUAGCAUUCAACCGCAGUGGCAAGUCAUCCCACCGAUGACCUUUGAACCUGGCAGGAUUUUGCUGCCACAAAGUGAGGUGAAAGCCCCUUUGAGAUAUUCCCAAACCGUGACACACGCCCCCCCCCCCCCCCCCCUCGACUCCCUCUCCACACGGGAGUCGAGUCUCUCUUCAGGUCUUUAGAGGAGGUUGGUGCUCACGGCACACGGCAGGGAUACGGUGCAAUUGUUUUUCUGUCCAUGUUCUCUAUUAUUCUCAUUUAAUAUUCUUUAAUUUUAACAUACCCUAUCGAUAUUAAUGUUAAUGUGACGUCCACUGAGUCUCAUCAGGAAACCCAAAUGUAACUGUUCGGUUGGAGCGUCUCAGCGUCUGUGUUUCGUUGGCCCCGUGUCUCCUCGUCUGAAUGCUUUCUUGCACUGGUAUUCAAUUAUUGCUUUAUUUAUGUCUCCCAACAAUUUCAUGCGCUUUGUUUUCAAAGGAAAUCAACCUUUGUGGGAUGUCGCUCAUUCAUGUUGUCAAAUGUUAGACUGAUGUCACCGUUGUCAUGGAAACCGCUUUGCAUCGCCCGCCAUGACAAGGACGGACUCGACACCUGCAGGACCCCGGCAGCCCGCUCUGCGGAGCAGGUCCGGUGCCGUGGUCUGCCGACCGUUGACUGUGUUCAAAGAUGAACCGUGUUCUCUCAUUUCCACAAGAUGCUUUACAGUUCAGGAAGCGACCAUGUACAGAUACUUUUGUAUGGAGGGGUGUUUUCCUUUUCUUUCUUUUUUUUGUUAUUAAAGACUUGCAGUCCAAUGGCACGGAUGGAUGUCGCCCCCGUUACGUUUGUAUCGAUGUUUUGAAGUUUUACUUUGAGGUGGUUCCAAUUACAAUGAAUGUGGCGCACGGAGGAUAUGAUCGUUUAAAAUGGUAUGAAGAUGGAGAAAACUCCCGUUGCUCCUGGAAACCAAGUAUACAUCAGUGUGAUGUUGGGACAUUUGUUUUUACAUUCAACACUUGCAAAUGACAAGGUAAUAGAACAUGUACACCAUACUUUGGUUUUUAUACCUAAGAUUUUAUGGGAAAAAAUAUAUAUAUAUUUUAAUUGUAACAAAACACUUGGGUAAAUAAUGAGAAUAAAUACAAAAAUGUAUAUAAAUCAUA